AUGCCUUUCCGAAAACUCCUAAACUCGCUCACUCAAGAAAUCCAAUCUGGCCUCCAAGGUGCUGCUGGUGGAAGCAGUGGGAACGGCUAUGGCUUCGGGGGGAUACGGAGUGGCAUGCGCACUGGCGCCCUCGAACACUACGAUGAUCCGGGAACAAUGGCGAUACUGCAGCAAAUUGCCGGAUGCGCAGUGACCUCGGGGUUCAUGAGAAGGCCUGAUAUGAGUGCACUGCUGAACGGGUUGAGGGCUAAUUUGCCGCCUCCAAGGGGACCAGGUGCCGGUACUUCAGCAGGAGUGCCAGGUGUAUUCGGUGCUCCUCCUCUGCCUAGUGGUCUCUGCCCGAGGGAUUAUCCCUUUACAUCACUUCGGUGCCAUACCAUGCUGGGCUUGUUCAACUUCACGGUUUGCGAGCAGUGUUACAAGGAGGUGAUUGAGCCUGAUGUCCGUCAGGGUGUCGAGCUGGCAAGGAGAGUGGAUCAAACCCCUGCCGUCAUGGGCGGUCCCGGGUUCACUUGUCAGUUGUACUCUGAUCAAAUGAGGAGGGUUUGGAAGGAGGCAGUGAGUAUGGGAGAGCCGAUGGGCUUAGAGCACUUGGGGGCCAAGGUAACCGAAAGAAAGGCCAAAGAGCGAGAGCUUCAGAUGAAGACGGCCCAGCUCCAACAGCAAGCCGUCUCCCUAUGCAUAGAAGCUCAAACUAAGGAACACAUGGCUGCUAAUGCCGACUUGGGUCAAACAACGUGGCUUAACAAUCAGGCGGCUACAUUGAAGGUGCAAGCUGAUCAAGCGGAGGACCAGACUCGGAUGGCGCAGGAGGAGUGGAGGAGGUUUUGGGAGUAA